GCGAUGUUUUUCUCUUUCAGGUUGAUGGAAAACUACACCUACAACAGCUUCACGGUCCAGCUGGAGGGACUGAAUGUCCCCAAGGACUCUGUUUACCCUGUGUUUCUUUUUCUCUUCUUCUCCUACUUGUUCAUAAUUGUUGCAAAUGUCAGCAUUGCAGUUCUUGUUUUCAUGGACAAAAACCUUCACCAGCCCAUGUACCUGCUUUUUUGGAAUUUGUCAAUCAAUGACGUCCUCGGAAACUCUAUCAUGGUCCCCCGUUUGCUUGUAGACAUGUUGCGUCCUCCCUCUGAACGACUCAUCAGUUAUUAUGAAUGUGUGGUCCAAGCUUUCACCAUACACAUAUAUGGCACCUCCACUCACACAGUGCUGAUGAUCAUGGCCUUUGACAGAUAUGUGGCCAUCUGUAAUCCCCUGCGCUACACUGCCAUAAUGACCAACAGAAUGUUAAUGAAGCUGACAGUGUCUGCCUGGGGAGUGGCCUUUGUUUUGGUGGGGAUUCUGCUCGGUCUGACCAUACGGCUGAACCGGUGCAGGACUCUGAUCACGAGCCCCUACUGUGACAAUGCUGCACUCUUUAAACUCUCCUGUGAGAGUGUGGUAAUCAAUAACAUCUAUGGCCUCACUUUCACUGUGGUGCUGUUCACAGCUUCUAUAGGCAGCAUGGUUCUCACCUACACUAAGAUCACAGUGGUCUGUCUGACCAGUAAGAACAAGUCUCUGAACAGUAAAGCUCUGAAGACCUGCAGCACUCACCUGGUUGUGUAUCUGAUCAUGUUGCUGACUGGAAUGUGUAUCAUUAUUCUGCAUCGCUUCCCUCAGUUCUCAGACCACAGAAAGUUUGUUGCUGUUUUAUAUCACAUCAUCCCCGGCAGCCUCAACCCCAUUAUUUAUGGCAUGCAGUCUAAAGAGAUACGGAAAUUUUUGUCUCACUUGUUUGAGUCCAAGAAAAUUUUGCCGUCAUAA